AUGUCCACGACCCCCAAGUCCGUCGGCGGCUUCACGCCCAUCUCGGUCGCCUACUCCUCCACAGCGACGCACGUCUUCUACGCCCGCGCACACUCCAACCCCAAGCCCGCCAAAAGCCCCGCGCAACAGGACUCGAAGGGGAAGGGCAAGGAGGCGGUGUACCCCGAGGGCCGCACGCUCUUCCUCGUGAACUUGCCCCCGGAUGCGACGGAGCGCGAGCUGACGCUGUUCUUCAAGGCCGCGGGGACGGUCGAGAGGAUCGCGUUUGAUGCGGAUGGGGAGGUUGCUGGCGGGGAAGACGACCUUGGUGAUUCGAGUGAUAGUGAAGAGGAGGAUGAGGAAGACGAGGCGGAAGCGGAGGCCGCAGACGAGCCCGCCGAGCGACCUCGAAAAAAGCGAAAGACAGGGAAGCAGGACUCCCCUCCCGAGGUCACACCGCUGCCCACACCCACCCUGCGCACGCUCCGCCGCACAGGCCGGUCCGCCCACCUCGUCUUCCUCGACGCCUCCUCCCUCUCUCGCGCCCUCUCCCCGCCCUCCUCCACAUCAAGCCCAGCCCCCAACUCGAAGUCCAGCCCAAAACCGCGCCCGUGGCCCACAGACGCCGCCGCCCCCCUCGGCCUCGCACACUACCUCGCCGCGCACACCGCCCUGCGCCCGCCGCUCGACGCCGUGCGCGCACACGCGGACACCGCCAUGGCGCGCUUUGAGUGGGCGCAGGCGCGCGCGCGGCGGGCGAGCAAGUACCGCAUGGGCGAGGCGGUCGUCGACGCAGACGGCUUCACGCUCGUCACGCGCGGGGGCGCGUACGGGAAGACGCUCGGCGGCGGGGUGGGCGUCGCGAGCAAGCGCUUCCAGGAGGAGGCUGCCGGCGGGAAGGCGGGGGCGGGGAAGAGGUAUAGGAAGAAGAAGACGGAGAAGACGGAGAAGGAGGGUUUCUAUGCGUUCCAGGUGCACGAGAAGAAGAGGAAAGAGCUCAUGGAUCUGAAGGCGAAGUGGCAGGAGGACAAGGCGAAGGUGGAGAAGCUGAAGCAUUCGCGGCGGUUCAAGCCGUAUUGA